AGUGGGCCUGGGCGGAUGUCUCCGGCGCGGCCGUGCACCGGACUGAGGGCCGCAGUGGCUGCCAGCAUGGGGCUGAGCGAUGGGCCAGUGGGCUCCGCCCGAAGCGGUCGCCUCUUCCGUCCGCCGACCCCCGCUCCGGUGGCGCCGGGGGCCCGGCUGUUGCGGCUCCCGGGGAGUGGGGCGGUGCAGGCCGCAAGCCCUGAGCGCGCCGGCUGGACCGAGGCGCUUCGGGCUGCGGUGGCCGAGCUGCGCGCCGGCGCCGUGGUGGCCGUCCCCACCGACACGUUGUACGGCCUGGCCUGUUCGGCGAGCUGCUCGGCAGCACUGGACGCUGUGUACCGCCUCAAGGGCCGCAGCGAGGCCAAGCCGCUGGCCGUUUGCCUAGGCCGCGUGGCCGACGUCUACAGGUACUGUCAUGUGAAAGUGCCUGAGGAGCUCCUAAAAGAGCUGUUGCCAGGACCAGUGACCCUGGUGAUGGAACGCUCAGAGGAGCUCAACAAAGACCUGAACCCCUUUACUCCUCUUGUAGGCAUCCGGAUUCCUGACCAUGCCUUCAUGCAGGAGUUAGCCCAGAUGUGCGGGGGACCUCUUGCUCUCACCAGUGCCAACCUCAGCUCCCAAGCUAGUUCUCUGAAAGUUGAGGAGUUCCAAGACCUCUGGCCUCAUUUGUCUCUGGUCAUUGAUGGGGGACCAAUUGGGGAUUGCCAGAGCCUUGAGUGUCGCCUUGGCUCUACUGUGGUUGAUUUGUCUGUGCCUGGAAAGUUUGGCAUCAUCCGUACAGGGUGCGCCCUGGAACGCACUACAGCCACCCUCCAGAAGUACGGGCUGCUGCCCUCACAUGGGUCCUGCUCAUGAACUUGGGGAGAGGGGGUACCCACGGACGGCACUGGAUACUGUGUGUCUUUCUGCUGGUAGUUGGUGAGGCCUCAUUUGAAGAGGCCACAGGAGCCAUAUCACUAGCCUGAGCCGUUACCCAACAUGUCUUUCUGAGCACUAGACCAGAAGCUACUGGCUUGGCUUCGCCUUUCAGGAAGGUGAAACAAUUCUAUAGUUUUGUGUAUUGGGCAAAAGCCCAAUAAAGAGGUGAAGAACAUUCCUAACAUGUCUUUAUUUUGACAUUUCUUCCCUCACUCUUUUAAACUGAAAAAUAAUUUAAGUAACAGAUUUAGAAUCUAGUGAGAAUCUCCUCUGCUAGGUGGUGGCCUUUAAGAUCUAAAGUGCCAAGAAGUGCUGGUACAGUUGAAAGGUCAGGUAAGCAAAGGCAAGAGCUUAGGCUUCUGAAACCGGAACCAGGUUGAGAUAAAGAUCAUAGAGCUACAGGCCAAACAGUGCUCUGAAGUGGUUAGUUGGAGGAAGAGUAGUCACCAUAAUGGUAGGAAAUCUGGUGGGGUGAGGGGAGGGCACAAAUUAAACAAUAGGGAAAAUAAAUCUAUACUAUCCUUUUAGCCAGUGACCUUUAUUUAUUUAUAAAGUAUAAUUAAAAUUAUAUGUAUAGUGACUUUAAUUCCAGUGUUCACUCAGCAGCUUUUUAUCUUUAUUCACAUGUAUACCAACUGUUAAAGUUGUAGUCAGGCAUUUGAACUUUUUACUGUUAAAAAAUGCUACUAGUAAACAUAUUUGUAAAUGGG